UAUUUCGCGCUGGUGUACGGCAGUGUGCACAUCGUCUGUUGAUUUGUCUGGGGUUUGCCGCCGCUUCUUGUUGCUGUAAACAACGAGGGAUCCAGAAAUUAAGAACAAAAUCUAAGGAUAUGUUGGCUUUGCAUAGAGUGCGCAAAUUCCGCGUCUUCUCCUUUUUGGUUGUUGGGUCCAUAAUAUGUUGCGCGCGGAGCGUCAAUGAACCUGGCAACAUGUCUUUCGUGAAGGAAACGGUGGACAAGCUGCUCAAAGGCUAUGACAUACGGCUGAGGCCAGAUUUUGGAGGAGCGCCUGUAGCAGUUGGCAUGAGCAUAGACGUGGCCAGUAUUGACAUGGUCUCAGAAGUCAACAUGGACUACACCCUGACCAUGUACUUCCAGCAGUAUUGGCGGGACAAGCGGCUGGCGUACGUGGGCAUCCCUUUGAACCUGACCCUGGACAACCGCGUGGCCGAUCAGCUCUGGGUCCCUGACACGUACUUCCUCAAUGACAAGAAGUCCUUUGUGCACGGAGUGACAGUCAAGAACCGAAUGAUCCGCCUGCAUCCUGAUGGAACUGUGCUCUACGGGCUCAGGAUCACUACGACGGCAGCCUGCAUGAUGGAUCUACGCCGCUACCCUCUGGAUGAGCAAAACUGCACUCUGGAGAUAGAAAGCUAUGGGUACACCACAGACGACAUAGAGUUUUACUGGAAAGGAGGAGCGGCGGCUGUUACCGGAGUGACCAGGAUCGAACUGCCGCAGUUUUCCAUCGUGGACUACAAGCUGGUGUCCAGGAAUGUUGUCUUUUCCACAGGUGCCUACCCUCGCCUCUCUCUGAGCUUUAGACUGAAGAGAAACAUCGGCUACUUCAUCCUGCAGACCUACAUGCCAUCCAUCCUGAUCACCAUCCUGUCCUGGGUCUCCUUCUGGAUCAACUAUGACGCCUCGGCAGCCAGAGUGGCCCUCGGCAUUACAACCGUGCUCACCAUGACGACCAUCAACACCCAUCUCCGCGAGACCCUGCCCAAGAUCCCCUACGUGAAGGCCAUCGACAUGUACCUCAUGGGCUGCUUCGUCAUGGUCUUCCUCGCCCUGCUCGAGUACGCCUUCGUCAACUACAUCUUUUUCGGUCGCGGGCCGCAGAUGCAGAAGAGAUUGGCGGAGAAGGCGGAGAAAGCCAACAAUGAGAGGGCCAAGUACGACGCGGCUCGGGCGGACCCAGCACACGGCCAUACUAACAUCCUGCUCACCACUCUGGAGAUCCACAAUGAGGUCGCCGGGGGCGAGAUCACCACCAGUGUGGCCGACAUCAGAAACUCCCAGUCCAUGGUGCAGCUGGACAGCUCGGCCUCGCAGCACAUCCAGUACCGCAAACAGGGCGGAGGCGUCGGCCCACGCUCCGCCAGCCGCCACUCUCUGGACCGCAGCGCGCAGAAACGCAGCCGACUGCGCAGACGCUCUUCUCAGCUCAAAAUCAAAAUCCCCGACCUAACAGACGUGAAUGCCAUCGACCGCUGGUCACGCAUCAUCUUCCCCUCCGUCUUCUCCUUCUUCAACCUGGUCUACUGGCUCUACUACGUCUGAGUGACUGUGACUGUGUCCUGAUCCUUUGCUUUUCUAUGAGAGGAAAAGACUGCAUCUACAGCACAAACACUGAGAGACUGCGUCCGGACAAAGUUCUCCACGUGUUUUUAUAUCGAGUCUUCAAACCCCUAGUCUUUUGGUUUCUGACAUAUGUACUGUGAUCAGGACUUGUGGCCAUCGUCUCCCUGCCCUCCCUCUAAUAUGUAAAUAGACAUGAAGCCAGCAAUGAGUAAUAUCGCUGUAUGUGCAAAAAAGAGGAAUGAGUUUUUCUAAUCAAAGAGAUUAGUCUUUAUAUUCUACAGGUGGUCAGAGAAGUGCAAGCUCUUUCAAACCCAUCAAACUAGUUUGAGUGGUACCCUAUGCAUAAGUAUUGCAUGCAAUGAUCAGCCGUCGUAGAACCGACUCCUCCUGCCUUUGUUUAAGCACAGUCUCUUUGUGCACAUAUGAGAUAUCUUUGACAAGUGAGUUCCUUUUGGACUACACAAACUUAAUAUGCAGAAAAUCUGGUCACAAAUUCAAUAGUUACUGUAGUGACUCAGGUGUUUACGUUUACAGCUUGGGGCACAAAGAUUUACACUUUUGAAAGCACAAAAGGUGAGCAAACUGCCAUUUUUCACUUUCAUUGAGCUUCAAAAUCAGAAUAAUAUUUAUUAGACCUCUGCUAAAACACAUUUACAAUUUCCCAAUGACUGCCAAGGGCCUUUUGGGCGACAGUUUCUCAACCUAAAAUACUGGAAUAUUUUUGUACUCUUGUCUUCAGGUAUUCAUUUCUUCCCUGAAAUGUCUGUUUUGUUGCUUUGCUUUGACUCGAGAAGCUGACGAUCGGUAAACUUGAGGAAUGAAAUUGUACAUAAGUACAUAGGUGUGUAUAUACCUACAUGUAUAUAUCUAAAUAUAUGAUGAGUGUAUGACCCAAAAUGAUAUGAGCAUUUGUGAUUGUCAGACUGGCAAGUAACUGUCAGGAGAGUUAGUGCAAAAAAGAACAAAAAAGGUGAAAUGAACUCUUGUAGUGAUGGAUUUUCAGAGGCGCCCAACAGACAUUCACUGAUCCUGAUACGGCCUAGUGUUGCAUAUGUAUCUCAUCUGAACAGUCCACCAAUGAAGCACAUAAAGCAUUGAAUGUAUCCCACCCAUUGUUCAGGGAGAGAGGAUAACGAGCCAUGGUCACCAUUCCUCCAUCACUAUUGGAAUGUAACUCGCCCAUUCUUAGCGGUGAUGACGGGGGCGUGGACGAGGGGAAGCCAUGUUGUUUUGAGGCAGUGUGCAUGUGCAUGUGUGUGAGAGAGGCGCGCACAGGUUUAACUGGGGACCUGGGAUUUUUUUUGUUGUUUCCGUGCUGCUCGUGCUACAAAGGACAAACGUCAGCCUAUAGUAGUAACUCUAUGGUCCAAAACUAGCUCCUUUUAACCGUGCCAUCCCGCCACUCGACGCACAGCAAUCCGACGCAUUCGACGAUUACUUCCGCAUUUCUUACACUGUCAUGGCAACUGCAUGCAUAACAAUAGCACAAGAGGGCGCAAAUGAGUGAUGUUUUUUCAAAAGGUGAAAUUUAACGUGAUGAGACAAUUUGCUGAAUGUAUUGUACUUGGAAUGUUGAUCCACUUCCAAAAAUGUGUUCUACGUAGGGCUGUGCAACCUGGUUAUAUCCUGUUUAUAAAGAUGGGCCAAUUGACAAACACCGUAAAAUGCACAAUGGGUUCAUGUGGUCACUGCCAAAAGUUACAGUAGAUACAAAAAUAUUGCAAUCAAAUUAGUUCUCUUUGAUGAUUUGCAAAGUUACUUCCUGUAUGGCAAAUAUUAGGGCUGGAAUCGUUCAGUCACCGACAAAUCGUGACUAAACAACUAUAGAAAAUAAUCGUAGUCGUGUUUGAUAAUCGAAACAAAACCAGACCUAUUCUGCAAAAUCAAGUUUUCUAGUUGUUUCCCAUCACCAUUUCCUCACCCGAAGUUGAAUCUGGAGCGAUUCGUGCAUGUUUGAGCAAUCUUUAAUCGCUUAUUUCCAAGACGCCAUUUUGCUGAUUAAUUCUCGCCGGGAAACGCCUACUGCUCUGUUUGUACUUCAGUCUUCAAUUUUAUUUUCUUUAAUCGAUGAUACGUGCAGGAUUCGGCAGUGUCGCGCAAUCAUUUUGGUACUUUCACUACUCGCUAGCUUAAUCUGUGAUGACGUUUACGGCGACGUCCGCUCCCAAGUCGGCGGAUUUGGUUCUUUUAUUUAGUCGUUUUAGAUGGAUACUGUGAUUUAAAAUGUGGAAAUUAUAGCACAAAGAUCCACGGGUGUCAUGGAGUAAAAAUAUAUAGCAGACGCAAGCACAAUAACCUUCAGUCACCAUAUUUUAAGCUUUAUUUGACUGACUGACUCACUUGUCGUUGCAGCCCUGAAAAAUUGACUAUGUUCGCUCCAUUGGUCCAAAUUUAUAUCCAGUUUGUGGGUUCAGUUUGUGUACGGCUAUUGAAUGGGACUUGAAAUAACAGUGAUAUCAUAACUAUGGUCUUAAGCACAACGUUUAAGCACGGUGUUUCACUAUCUCAUGCAUUUCCAGUGAACCGGACCGCGAACCAGUCGGCCUAAAGACGUUCGAGGCUGCUUGCAAGUUUACCCGUCCAAUGUAAUGUAAAUAAGAAAUAGACAUAUUUAAAAUUACGCAGCCGGCAACUUCUUUGACAGCUUACUGGUUCACAUCCAAAGGGGGUUGCUAAAAGUGACGCAGUGAGCUUCGAAGAGGUGCAAAUGGUGAUGAUAAUUGUAAUCUUAACAACCAAACGACAUCAUGAAGUUGGACAAGUGACAUGGAAAACCCUAGGUACGUGUUUAUCAUGCAUGCAACUAUCGUUCUUAACUUUCGGGGACAUUUUUGAGAAGAAAAAAUAAUGAUGAUGAUACUAUUUGCAAACUCUUUUAUUAUGGGAGCUGCCAACUUGCUCAUUUUAGAGACGACGUUAUACCAUGUGAGCCUACGUUAAAGCUAUUAUAAAAAGUAUAAAAAAAACAUGUUGAUGACAGGUGUUGUUUGGCCUUGGUAAUGGAAUGUGACAUGUUCUGUGCUGCCACAAAAAUGUAUGUAGGCUUAGAUUUCUACUGUAUAUCGCUGUAUGUUCCUCUUCUUUUUCAAUAGACUACCAUG